AUGAAGAACGUGAACGUGACAUAUGAGAAUUGGGAUGGGGAAUACCCGGCACCUCCGGGGGCCAAAGUCCUCUACACCUGCCUCCAUACUGGAGGAUUCACCGAUGGGUCCCCUCGGCACUAUGCCACCUGCUCCUUCAUGGCUGAUGACACCUGGGAAACCUCCCUUCAAGACAAAGAUGUUCGAUGUCAAAACGAAGAUGAUGUCCCAAGCUUAUAUCCGGAAUGUCGGAAGACAGAAAUGGGAAAGGAAUAUAAGGGCAUCAAAAGCCGAACGGAAAUAGGGAAUAAAUGUCUGCCUUGGGGACAUCCACUACUCAAGAAAGCCUUGGAAAAAAUCCUGGUCUCCCACAUUUCUGCUGAAGACCGCUACAAAGAAAAGUUUCAAGUUUUGGAUAACGUGGGUUCCUGGACGAAUGAGGAAGCAAACUAUUGCCGGAAUCCGGGGUUUAGAAAACGCCCGUGGUGCUUCAUUUCCGAAAAUCUGAACUGGGAAUACUGCCACAUCCCGUUCUGUCCUAAUCGUAAAGAGCCAGUGAACUGCAAGCUGACCUAUCAUGGAAUGGAGUAUGCAGGGAAAACGAACGUGACGGUGGAUGGGAAGAAAUGUCAACCCUGGCUGAGCCAGACUCCUAACAAGCAUUCCAUGAUCUUUUCUUUGCCCUAUUUCCCUGAUCAUGGCGUGGACAGUCGUCACAACAACUGUCGUAAUCCAGACAUGGAUGGCAGGGGGCCCUGGUGUUACACCGAGGAAAACAUUGGUCGCCAGUAUUGCGAUAUUCCUUAUUGUUUGGAAAUGUAUCAGAGAUCGGCUGUGGAAGGUUCAGUGGUGGAGGGAUAUCCAGAAUGCCGACAGACUGAAAAUGGGAAGGAAUACAUAGGGACAAUGAGGAAGACGGUGACCGGAAGGACUUGUGUCCGUUGGGAUUCCAAAAGCGACAAAGCGGAUUUCUAUGAGGACAAUACUAAUGAUUUUGAAACGAGACUUCCCGUAAUUCACCAGAAUUUUUGCAGAAAUCCGACAUUGCAGGAGCGACCCUGGUGCUUUGUCGUUGACCCAAAUAUCACAUGGGAAUUCUGUGACAUCCCCCUCUGUCCCAACUAUCCCAGUGAGCAGACCCGGACCCACGCAUCUUUUCAAUGA